CCUUUUUUUCCUAGGAAAAGAAACAGAAACAAAGUUCAAUUUCUCCACUAGAUUGAAGACUCCUUUUAUUUUCUCCCCAUGUUCCAUUUUUCCACCGCUGAUCAUCGUCUUCUCCAAUUCAUCAAAAAACCAUAAAAGACCUUCGAAUCAUGGCUUCCACAUCCAGCAACCCAAAAGACGAAACCGAAACGAAUCUCGCAAAGAAGAUUACAGCCAGAUCUCCCAUGUUUAUCACCAAAGAAGCUUUGGACUCCAUUCUUACACACCAACGUCUAAGCGAACACUUCCAAUCAUCUCUCCCGAUCGUCUUCCACACAAUUUUCAGCCCAAUGCGUCAAAGCCAUGCCGUUCAGCCCCAUUCCUCUCUCCUCCUCAUGCCCUCUUGGUCUUCUUCUCCAUCACUUCCAUACAUAGGCGUCAAACUUGUAAUCCAUUUCCCCCAAAAUUCCGCCAUAAACUUGCCAGCAAUUCAUGCAAGUUACUCGCUCUUUAGCUCCACCACUGGCCAAACUCUGGCCUCCAUGGACGGCACUACCUUGACUCUUUACAGAACCUCUUGUAUCUCUGGUUUGGCUGCGAAGUAUUUGGCCAGACCUGAUAGCAGGGUCAUGGUUAUGGUGGGUGCGGGUGCCUUGGGACCCCAUUUGAUCAAAGCUCAUUUGGCAGCAAGACCUAGCGUUAAUAAAGUGAUUAUUUGGAACAGAACAGAGGAAAGGGCACAAAAACUAGCUGAUGAGAUGCGGAAAAAUGCAGGGCUGGAUGGUGUCUGCUUCGAGAGUAGUGCAAAUCUGGAUGAUGCGAUCCCGGAGGCGGAUAUUGUGAGCUGUGCAACAAACUCGGAGGUUCCUCUGGUCAAAGGUGAUAAGUUGAAAGCCGGGGCGUACUUAAAUUUGGUGGGGUCAUUCAAGCAUUCAAUGAGGGAGUGUGACGAUAUGGCGAUAAAGAGAGGGAGGGUUUUUGUGGACGGUGAAGAAGCUUUGGAAGAGGCAGGGGAGUUGGUGGGAGCUCUGGAGAGAGGGGUUAUUGAGAAGAGGGAUAUUUUGGGGAAUUUGGUGGAUUUGAUCAAAGGGGAGGUUGUGGGAAGGAGAAAUGGGGAUGAAAUAACCGUGUUCAAAUCUGUUGGAUCUGCUGUGUUCGACCUCGUUGCAGCCCAGUUCGCGUACGAGACAACCAUCUGAGUUCUUCAAACUUCUUUGUUAACAGCUACAGAUUCUUGCGAGUAGGGGUUCACAUCGGUCCGUUGUCGUCGAUUUAAACUCAAACAGUUGUCCACCAACAACAGGUUUGUUUUAUGAAGAAUGAUUUUUGUUGAUUUUGAAGGGCUAGGUAUGCAAAUCAAUUGACCACUUUGGUGCAAUAGCUUUGUAGGCACGUGAUAAUGCUUUCUUAAAAAAAGAAAUGAACAUGUUGGUAAGAUUGGUCGAUUUGAGUUCUUAUUGGACACACCAACCGAAUGAAGUUUUGUAACUGACUCUAAUCGAAAAUAUCCGUAAAUCGAUUGAUCAAAAUCUGUUUGGUUUGAUUUUUUUAUCUCUAAUGCUCAUCCUAUGUGAAGUUUGAAAUUAGACACUAGAUAAUUUAACUAGUAUAUAAUAUUAAAUAUUAAAUAAUAAAUUGAAAUUUUAAACCUAACACUGUUAAUUUAGUUCAUCUCUGACAAGUGGAAAUUAUAUUCCUAUACUUUGAUAUUUAUUAAAAUUUACAAUUGUACUAGACAAAAAAUUGAAACUUAUUCUAUUAAACAUAAUUCCAGUUUAUAUCUAAAACACAAUUAAUUUUUUAACCUAGGAGAAAUAUUAAAAGUUAGGUUAUAUUAGGAUCAAAUUGACAAAAUCAUCAAAAUUUAAACUUGUAAUUUAACCUAGGAGCAAAAUUCUUUAGUUAACAGCAGUUUAUUACUUCAACUGAUAUCCUUUAUGCUUAAUCACUUGAAUAAGUGUCAACUUGUGUCUACUGUCUUAUCUUAACUAGAUAAAAUGUCAUUUACUUGGGUGAAAGAGUCAAAUCUUUCCACUCCAUUUGUUGAACCCAAAAAAAAAAGAAAAAAAGAAAAAAAAAA